GUUGCUGACGGCAACGCCACCGUCACCCAAACGACUUCACCCUCUCCCUCCGUCACCCGCCACCGCCUCUUUCUCUUUCUCUUCCCUUUUCCUUUCUUCUCCCCCCUGCCUGGCCUUCCGUCCCUUCUUUCCCCUGAUUCCCUCCUUCCCCCAUUUACCACUCAGCUACCUCUCCCUGGUUUGCCGCGCAGCAUGGAAAGCGAAAGAUGAAGCUUCCGAUGCUUUCUCUUCUCACGUUAACCAUGUGUUCUUCAAUCUAGUUGCCCCACACCUCUGUCCCUUCGUUUUCCUUUUUUGUUUUCUCUCUCCUCCCUCUGUUUUGUUUCUCCACUUUCAUCUCUAUCCCUUUCUGGUUUCCAUUGCUGCUGUUUGAUUCUCACUUGGAUCCCUUUCCAUUCUCUUUGUCAGUCAGUCUCUGUUUUCCUACCCAAUCCGCAAUAGAUCUGAAGUUUCGCUUCCCAAUUCCGAUUAUGUAGCUCGCUCUUCUCCUGGUCGCUACUGAUUUCUGCUUCCUCAACUUCACCACAAACACUCUCUGCACAUAUUUAGCUGAAAGUGAUGUAGCUGUUGUCUCAGCUCCUUUGAUGAAUUGGGGUGGAUUGUCAACGGACUAUGUUGACUUGGUGGUCUUGGAAAUUCAAGCAACAAAGUUCGCGGCCUCGGUUUCCGGGUUGCGGUGCGUGCCGUGUUUGGAUGAUGACGACAAAUUAUAGUGGGUCAUUCAAUGUUCUUGACUCUCCACCUCCCGGCUUUCGGAGGUAAUUCCCCUGCGGUUUCCUAACUGGGCUGCCUGCCCUUUUUCCACGAACCUGGAAGGAACCCACCAUUUUAAUAGCUUCGCCGUUGACUUCUUGGAUGGGUAUGCUGCUGGUUCCCCACUAACCAUCUUCAGUAGUCUGAGAAGCUCUCAUCUUUUUGUUCUUAACUCUUUUGGGUCCUAUUUGAAAUACAAGUUUCUUUCACUUUGAUACCGUAUACAUGUAAAUCUUAGUUUGUUCAUCUUUUUUGGAAUAAGGAUUGUAGAGAAGGAAGUCGGGUGGGUAGUAAGGUGAGGUAUGCAGUAGUGAUUCUCAAUAGGCAGUUGGUUUUGUGAAUUAAAUGGCGAAUUUGUCUGAGCCGUCGUCGUCUUUGAGCUUCACAUCGUCAUCUCACCUGUCGAACGGCUCAAUUGGUCACAACAACUUGUCCACCUCGCCUGUCUCUGAAACAGCUCCAAGUCUCGAUGUGCGGAGCUUGACCAAACUUAGCUUCAACUUAGAGUCUCUUUUGACAGAUACCGCUAGUAAUUUUAGUGAUGCUGAAAUAGUUGUUGAGGGGAAACCGGUUGGUGUUCACCGAUGUAUUCUUUCUGUGAGGAGUAAGUUCUUCCAUGAUUUGUUUAAGCGGGAUAAAGGAUCUUCGGAGAAGGAAGGGAAAGGGAAACCCAAGUAUACUAUGGAUGACCUGUUACCUUAUGGGAAGAUUGGACAUGAAGCCUUCCUGAUUUUCUUGAGCUACUUGUAUACUGGGAAACUUAAGCCGUUUCCGAUGGAGGUUUCAACCUGUGUCCAUACUGACUGUGCUCAUGAUGCGUGUCGACCUGCAAUUAAUUUUGCUGUGGAGUUGAUGUAUGCCUCGUCCAUCUUUCAAUUACCGGAGCUGGUUUCACUCUUCCAGAGGCGCCUUCAUAACUUUGUUGACAAGGCUCUUGUUGAAGAUGUUAUCCCAAUCCUUGUGGUUGCAUUCCAUUGUCAGUCAACUCAGCUCGUUGAUCAAUGUGUGGACAGAAUAGCACGAUCAGACGUAGAUGACGUCAGCAUUGAAAAGGAGCUGCCCUUUGAGGUGGCUGAGAAUGUUAAACUGAUCCGCCGCAAGCCCGUCUCCGAUGACGAAGAAAGCAUGGAUGUUGAGGAGGACCGCUUGCUUGCAAAGAGAAUCAAAAGAAUACACAAGGCGUUAGACUCGGAUGAUGUGGAACUUGUGAAACUUCUCCUGACAGAAUCUAAUGUGACUUUAGAUGAUGCUUAUGCUCUCCAUUAUGCAGCAGCAUACUGUGACCCCAAGGUUGUCCAGGAGGUGCUUAACCUUCGUCUUGCUGAUGUGAACCUUAGGAAUUCCAGAGGUUACACGGUUCUUCACAUUGCUGCGAUGAGGAGGGAGCCAUCUGUUCUGGUGUCAUUGUUGGAGAAGGGGGCUUCAGCUUCAGAUGCCACAAGAGAUGGGCAAACUGCUGUUAGCAUUUGUAAGAGAUCGACUAGGCCCAAAGAUUAUCAUUCGAAAGCAGAACAGGGUCAGGCGGCAAAUAAGGACAAGCUAUGCAUUGAAGUUCUAGAGAGGGAGAUGAGGAGGACGCCUAUGGGUGUGGAUGGUACGGCAACUCCCCAUACACAUGAUGAGGAUCUUCAAAUGAAGCUGUCCUACCUGGAGAGCAGAGUGGGACUUGCAAAGCUGUUCUUUCCUACUGAAGCCAAGCUAGCAAUGGACAUUGCAAGUGCUGUUACAGCACCCAAGUUUUCUGGUCUUGCUGCAUCAAAAGGUUCCAAUGGGAACCUGAGGGAAGUAGACUUGAACGAGACACCAGCGAUGCAGAAGAAAAGACUUCUUUCCCAGUUGGAAGCGCUAAAGAAAACAGUGGAAACUGGGCGACGCUUCUUCCCCAACUGCUCAGAAGUCCUUGAUAAGUUCAUGGAGGAUCCUGAUGUGGUCUACCUCGACGAGGGUACCCCUGAGGAGCAACGAAUGAAGUGGACCCGUUACGUGGAGCUUAAGGAUGAUGUCCAGAAGGCUUUUACCAAAGACAAGGCCGAGAACCGCAAUGUACUGUCAUCCUCCUCUUCCACAAGGGAUGGUGCCAACAAAAGGCUCAGGAAGUUGUGACAGUAAAACGUGUAACAUAGACUUUCUGUAAGGAAUAAAUCGUAAGGCUUUAUGGAAGAGAUACGUCUGGUAGGAUUUGUCGAAGUUUUGUCCUAAUUUUUUUUUUUUUUUUGUACAAUUUUAGAGGGGGGCAGCCAUACUGAUACUGGCCUUGGAAGCUACUAUACACCUUGUCUGUAGAAAUUUAUGUUAAGCGAACUCUCUCGUACACCCACGUUAUCUAUGAGGCAAAACAUAGGUUACAAUUGUCCCAUUUCAAAUUUUGUGGCAUGAUAGUUAUUUUAAGGAAGGUCAUUUUGGUUAUUACACU